CCGUGUCAGUGUACACACACACUCUCGCGUCUCACACAUUCAUACAGUAUAGUACAACUACAGUUACACACUGUUACACGUUUCGGUGUUUACUGUCAAAACCACUUAAGACUCGUUAUUGUUAUUAUAUUAACACGUUUUUUUCAGUGUUCUGUCUACUUAAACGUUAUAAUUCUCAAUUGAAUUCACCUUUUGGCUUUUAAUUUUGUUAAUUUCGUUGGUUUACCUAGUUAAUUUUUAGAUUUUAUUGCGUGGUUUAACAUUACUGUUACUUAUUAUGUUCUCGUUUUUGAAGUUUUUAAAUUCUAAACCGGAUGCUGAUAAGAAUAAGGGGCCCAACAGCUUAAAUGGAAAAACAUUAAACCUAAACAGCCCACAUGCCAGGGCUCUUAAUGUUUUUAAUAACAAGUCACCCAAAUCAAACGGAAGUAGAACUUCAUUAAGACCCAAUUGUAAAGAAACAGUAACUAGUCCGGGAUUUAGUUUUCGUAUAGCUCAAAAAGCUCGGGAAAUGAGAUCAACCACUCCAAACACGGAUGUAUCAAAUUUAUCAACAUCCUAUACUUUAGAAAAUAGUUUGAAUGGUAGCAAUACGAUGAAUGGCAAUAAUACAUCAAGAGACGUAUAUGAUAAGAAGCGGAAAUUGAUGGAAACGUUAGAUAAUUUUGGAGUAAGAAAAAGAACUCGGCAAGAGGUAAUAUAUAAGAGCGGUGUUGAUGCAUUUGUUAAUCGGCGUCGAAGAACCAUAAGUGAAUCUAGUGCUGGGCCUGACCGUGUAAUAGUGAUGAAUGGACAUAAUCAUAGAUUCAAUCAACCUACCCCAACAGUAACAAAUUCUUCAAGUGUCAAUGUAGAAAACAAAAAAACUAAACGACAAGGAGAUUUUGGAAUAAAUAUUUGUCAUCCCCAGAAGAAACCCAGGACUCGGAAUAAUGAAAUAUUGAGCUCCUAUAGUUCCAGCAAGUUCUUAUUAACGCCUGGUCAAAAACGACCUUAUCCAUCUGAUCACGAAGAAGAAUCACCAGAUCGUAAGCAUUGUAAAAGCUGUACAUGCUGUGGUUCUACUGUUUUACUUCAUAAUGAUCGGAAUAAUUCCAAUAAAAGUGACAAAACUACAGAAACUGACAUGUCUGAUGAUCUAGUAACAGUUGCAGCAAGUCGCAUAUUUAACAGAAGUGGUAAAACCCAGGUUGUUAAGAAAGUAUGUAUGAAAACUAUACUUGAUGAAGUAUUUGACGAUGCAGAUCCUAUACCAUAUACAAGUAUUGAAAAGCUUGAAGAAAAAAGGAAGAAAGUUCAGAAGAAAGUUAUUUCGAUUGAACAGCAUAAUAUUGAUAAGUCCAAUGUGAAAAAUGACAACCAGUCUGUUGAUUCAGCUGCUUGUAUUCCAUCACCUAUAAUAUCCACAUUUAAUGAAAUACAACCAGCGGUUACUAAUAUAUUGUCUAAUGUAUCAACUACUUCACCUAGUGCUACAUUAAACACAACACCUUUAGUACAGUCAACAGUGCCACUAUCAUUUGGUCUUCAACCAUCGGAAAGUACACCUAAAAUAAGUGAAGGAAAUAAAAAUAAUACUCCUUUACAAUUUAAUUUUGGUAGUCCAAUAGCUGCUGCAGCAACAUCUGUUGAGGAAAAUCAUAAAAAGACUAAUGAAGUAGAUGGGAAAGUAAUUGUGGAUCAAAUAUCAGAAUCUACUAAUAAUACAUUAGAAAUUAAGACGCAAAACAAUAAUGUAAAUAAUCCUAAUGAACAAAAAGAAUUUCAGUCUUCAGAAAAAAAUAAAAAUAUUAAUGAUACUUUUCAAAUUGGAGGACAAAAUAAUUUUAAUAAUGAUAAAGAUAAACCUAAACCAUCAUUUCAGUUUACUGUUCCGGCAUCUAAAUCAAUUGAAUCUAUUACAAAUUCAUCUACUGUUAGUGAUUGUUCUAAAAUAAAUGAUAGCAAUUUGCAUGUACAAAUUGAUACUGAAAAGUCAAUAGAUAAUUCAAAGAAAGAACCAGAAAAAUCAUUAGUAUUUGGAACUAAAAUUGAUAAUUUUUCUAAACAAGUACAACCGUCAUUUACUUUUGGAGCACCCAAAGCAGAUGAAAAACAAUCAACACCUGUAAUGCAAUUUGGAGCACCCAAAGUAGAUGAAAAACAAUCAACACCUGUAAUGCAAUUUGGAGUACUAAAAUCUGAUGAAAAACAAUCAAUACCUGUUAUGCAAUUUGGAGUGCCUAAAAUUGAUGAUAAACAAUCAACACCUGUAAUGCAAUUUGGAGUAAAUAAAUCUGACGAAAAACAGUCAACUCCUGUAAUGCAAUUCGGAGUGCCCAAAAUUGAUGAUAAACAAUCAACACCUGCAAUGCAAUUUGGUGCAACUAAAGUCAAUGAUAUACAAACAACACCUGUAAUGCAAUUUGGAGUGACCAAAGUUAAUGAUAAACAAUCAACACCUGUAAUGCAAUUUGGUGCAACGAAAACUGAUGCUCUUGAAUCAACUCCUAAAAUGCCGUUUGAAGCAAUAAAAGGGUCAGAAAAUCCAACAUCUACUCAAUCAUUAUUUUCAUUUGGUAAUAAUCAAAAAUCUGUAGAAAAUUCAAAACCAACAGAUUCUGUGAAAUUUCAAUUUGGCCCUUUGAAGUGUGAUAGUACACCUGUAACAGAAUCUACAAAUGCGGUUUUUGGGUCGAAUUCACAAAAUAAAAAUCUUUUUAGUUUUGGUAAAACAGAUAAUAUAACCUUGCCUACUGGUAAUCCUCCUAAGUAUGAUGCUACCACCGAAAAAUCAACACCUAAAUUACAAUUUGGUGGUUUGCCAACUCCGGUAUUUGGAGCGUCUACAACAGAUCAAUCAAAGUCUCAAUUUAAUACUUCUGUCAGUCAAUCGGCUAUCAAUCAGGGGCCAAAAUUAGUUUUUGGUAGUCAAACAGCUGAAAACAAACCAACAGCUUCUGGUAUGGUUUUUGCUAAUAAUACAACAAAUCCCAUGUUUCAAUUUAACAAUACAGGAUCAAAACUUGGUGAUAAACCUUCUGAGACGCCAAGUGGCUCAUUUCCGUUCACUUCUAACAAAACUACAUCAGCUUUUGGAGCCUCAGCUCCACAAGACUUUAGAGAUAAACCAGCAUUUCAGUUUAAUACACAAAAAACAGAAGAACCAAAAACCCAGUUCUCAACUCCAAGUUUUGGAACUCAAAAUACGAGUGCUCCCUUUAAAUUUGGAGGGAACGAUAAACCUACUUCUUUUGGAAAUACUUUUCCUUCUUCUAACCAACCAUUACAGUUUACAAAUAGUACUGAAAAAACAGCAGAACCGUUCAAAUUUGGAAGUUCAGUUCAAACGAGUAAUGCAUUUCAAUUUAGCGCCAAUAAGACUGAUAAUGGUCCAGUAAAAUUUGGCCAAGCUACCAGCACAUUUGCAACAUCAGGAUUUAGUGGUUUUGGCAAUUCAGCACCUCAACAAACCACCACAUUUGGUACUGUUCAACCACCGCAGCCAUCUCCAUUUGGCAACAUAACUUCCCCUACUGCUGCACCUACAUUUGGAAGUGUAGCAUCACCUCCAUCUAAUACAUUUGGAACAAAUCAAAGUUUUCAGUUUGGUAGUACAACCAAUGCCCCUACUAGUUCAUCUACAUUUGCCUUUGGCAGUAAUUCACAACCUACUAAACCAGAUGGGGCUUUUGGUUUUAAUGCUGCUUCUACAACUGCUUCGCCAUUCCAAUUUGGCCAUGGCUCAACACCAUUGUCCACACCACAGUUUGGAGGAACACAACCAAAUCAAGGAUCAUUUGGUUUUGGAUCACCUCCAAUGACCGCAACUGUUAUGCCGGGAUCAAGUCAACCGUUAUUCUCCAUGGGAACAGCUCCUGCCGGUGAAAGACGUAAAGCUAAAGCAGUUCGAAGAAGGCAAUAAUUUAAUAAUUACAAUUUCAUUUUUUUGUUAAAAUACUCUUAAUUUAUGGAGUUUCAAUAUUUUAUCCUUACAAAUACAAACACACUGGAGUAAUAACUUAUAUACCUAUUUGACUAUUGCAAUAAGUUUGAUUUGUAAAUGUAAUUUAUUUCUUGUUUUUACAUUUAAAAAGUUUCAUAUUUCAAUUAUUAUUUGUCAACAAAAUAUGUUGUUGCUUCUGUGGCUAAUUUAUUCUUCUGUGUCAUUAAUUUGUUUUGAUUUUAAAAUAUAUAUUUUAAUUUAAUUUUAAUAUUUAUUUGAGUUGUUUUCUAUGGUUUACAUUGACUUGAUAAUUUUAUAAAUAUUGUACUUAGAGUAAUGAAAUAUUUAUUUUAAACAAUAUUGAUAUCACAGUAUACAAAUUGUACAUUGUAUGUAAUAAUGACAAAUAAUUUGAAUUAUUCAACUUUUCCAACUAUAUUAAUUAAAACAUUUUAUACUUAUUAUUUUAAAUAAUCUGCUUGAACAGUUGUAUAGAUUGUAUUUUUGUAUGACAUCAAACUAACAAAACAAAUAAUUGUAUUAUUAUAUUAACAGUUUUAUCAAAAAUAUUUUCUAAAUAAAUUACUCAUGUUUAGUAUUUGUAGUAAAAUAUUUAUGUAAUAUAAUGUAAAUUCUUAAAAAGUUAUUGUUAUUUCCUGCACAUUUUUGUACCAAUAAAG